CCCAGCAACAACCGAGGGAACCCAAGAGGAGCGCGGUCUCGUACAAAGGUCCCGGGAGAAGCGUGAGCCAGGCCUGGUCGGCGCCGGUGGAGAGAAGGACAGGUCAGGCCCAUGAGCUACAGUUCCCUUAGCUGCUUUCGUCUCUCUAACGGUUAAAAGCACUGAGGGCCAUGGCUGAGGUGCACGUGAUCGGGCAGAUCAUAGGGGCCACCGGUUUCUCUGAAAGUAGCCUCUUCUGCAAGUGGGGCAUCCACACAGGGGCAGCAUGGAAGCUCCUGUCGGGCAUGCGGGAGGGCCAGACACAGGUGGACACUCCCCAGGUAGGGGACAUGGCCUACUGGUGCCACCCCAUUGACCUGCACUUCGCCACCAAGGGUCUCCAAGGUUGGCCUCGGCUUCAUCUCCAGGUGUGGUCCCAGGAUAGCUUCGGCCGAUGCCAGCUCGCCGGCUAUGGCUUUUGCCAUGUGCCCAGCAGCCCCGGCACCCACCAGCUGGACUGCCCCACAUGGCGGCCUCUGGGCAGCUGGCGGGAGCAGCUGGCCAGGGCCUUUGUUGGUGGUGGGCCACAGCUGCUACAGGCAGACACCAUCUACAGCGGGGCGGACCGCUACCGCCUGCACACUGCCGCAGGUGGCACCGUGCGCCUUGAGCUCAGCCUGCUGCUGCGUCACUUUGAUCGCUAUGGUGUUGAGUGCUGAGGGAUCCGACCUCCGUUGGCCAUCACCCACAGCCCUGGCCGAGCACUGAGGGCAGGAUGGCACAGCAGUCAGGAUCUUGGGCCCUGGAGACAGUCAGACCCAAUCCCAGGCUGGCAGGGCCCUGUGUUGGUCCUUGCAAGGAUCUCAAGCCCAGUAAUGCCCCUGGAGCCCAUGUGUCACGUGGGGUAGUAAGUGUGGAUCACAGGGGAGGGGAGGGAAAUGCUGGUUAGCACAUGGGAGGUGCUUAAUAAAAGCGA